CUCGCGCUGCGUGUUCCCGCCUUUUGACUCCAGCCAAGCGAAUCCUGGGAGAGGGCAGGUGACGUCCAACAGUCAGGCUCGAUGGCGGCGCGGCGGCGGCUGAUGGGGACCAGCGGCCGGCGCAGUCGGCCGUCAGCUUCUAAAGCAUCAAAUGAAACCGACAAUACAGAAGACUCUCCUCCUGCCAAGAAAACUCGAAGAUGCCAGAGGCAGGAGGUGAAAAAAGAGCCUGUGCCUGGAGGAAAGGCUGAUAAGGACAGAACAGAAGACAAGCAAGAGUCUGUGAAGACCUUGCUGUUAAAGGGCAAAGCUCCCGUGGACCCAGAGUGCACCCUAAAGGUGGGGAAGGCCCAUAUCUACUGUGAAGGGAAUGAUGUGUAUGAUGUCAUGUUAAAUCAGACCAAUCUCCAGUUCAACAACAACAAGUACUAUCUGAUUCAGCUGUUAGAAGAUGAUGCUCAGAGGAACUUCAGUGUUUGGAUGAGAUGGGGCCGAGUUGGGAAAGUGGGUCAGCACAGCUUGGUGGCUUGUUCAGGGGACCUCAGCAAGGCCAAGGAAGUCUUUCAGAAGAAAUUCCUUGACAAAACAAAAAACAAUUGGGAGGAUCGUGAGAAGUUUAAGAAGGUGCCUGGAAAAUAUGAUAUGGUACAAAUGGACUAUACCACCAAUACUCAGAAUGAAGAGGAAACAAAAAAAGAGGAAUCUCUUAAAUCCCCCUUGAAACCGGAGUCACAGCUAGAUCUUCGUGUACAAGAGCUGAUAAAGUUGAUCUGUAAUGUCCAGGCCAUGGAAGAGAUGAUGAUAGAAAUGAAAUAUGACACCAAGAAAGCCCCGCUUGGGAAGCUGACAGUGGCACAAAUCAAGGCAGGUUACCAGUCUCUUAAGAAGAUUGAGGACUGUAUUCGGGCUGGCCAACAAGGACGAGCUCUUGUGGAAGCAUGCAAUGAAUUCUACACCAGGAUCCCACAUGACUUUGGACUCCGUACUCCUCCAUUAAUCCGGACGGAGAAAGAACUGUCAGACAAAAUACAGCUACUAGAGGCUUUGGGAGACAUUGAAAUUGCCAUUAAGCUGGUAAAGACCGAGCUGCAAAGCCCAGAACAUCCAUUGGACCAACACUAUAAAAAACUACAUUGUGCCUUGCACCCUUUAGACCAUAAAAGUUAUGAGUUCAAAAUAAUCUCCCAGUACCUUCAGUCUACCCAUGCUCCCACACACAGUGACUAUACCAUGACCUUGCUGGAUGUUUUUGAAGUAGAGAAGGAGGGUGAGAAAGAAGCCUUCAAAGAGGACCUUCAUAACAGGAUGCUGCUGUGGCAUGGCUCCAGGCUGAGCAACUGGGUAGGAAUCCUGAGCCAUGGGCUUCAGAUUGCCCCACCUGAGGCUCCCAUCACAGGUUACAUGAAGCAGAGAUUCACCAAUGCUAAGCUGCUCUGGGACAUAACUUUUGGAAAAGGAAUCUACUUUGCUGACAUGUCUUCCAAGAGUGCCAAUUACUGCUUCGCCUCUCGCCUAAAGAAUAUUGGAUUACUGCUCCUAUCAGAGGUAGCUCUAGGUCAGUGUAAUGAGCUACUGGAGGCCAACCCAGAGGCAGAAGGAUUACUUGAGGGCAAACACAGCACCAAAGGACUGGGCAAGAUGGCUCCCAAUCCUGCGAGCUCCGUCACUCUGAAUGGGAGUACAGUGCCCUUAGGACCAGCACAUGACACAGGAAUUUUGAAUCCAGAUGGUUAUACCCUCAACUACAAUGAAUUUAUUGUCUAUAACCCCAACCAAGUCCGUAUGCGAUACCUUCUAAAGGUUCAAUUUAAUUUCCUGCAGCUGUGGUAACAUUGAUAUUAAAUAAACCAGAGAAGAUAUCUUCAAGCAAGGAAAUAAACAAUGUUGUACUUUUGAACUUUUUCUUAUUUUAUGUAAUAAAAAUAGUACAAAUCUA